UAUGUCUUGUCUAAGAUUGUGUCUCAGUAAUCCAAACUGUGUUUGGAGCACAUAUUAAAUGUUUCUGUUACUGAAAACACUGAGUUCAGGUCGAGUUUAGGAACAGUUUCACAAGAUCCAGGAAGCAGGAAAUCUGCAGAAGUGAAACUGUGACUCUUCACAGAAACGACCCGCCCACAUCAGCGUCUGCUUCAGUGUUUGUCUGAUAGUGAGCUUUCAGCUUAUCUGUGCUUCUACAGGAAACAAACCCAGGCUUCAUAUGUAUGACGGUUUUCAGAGAGGUACAAGAUCAUGGUGGGAAAAUUAAAUGAAUUAGCCCAGCUGAGAGAUUCUGGGUUUGGUCGACCCCAGCCCAGACAUGGACUCAGACUCCUCUACUGGUUUGCCAACGAAUGUGUUUCUUUUGAUGAAGACAAUAACAUGCUCUCUGAAUGUGACCCAGCCAAUGGAGAAUUUGGUUUCCACCAUUUUAAUAACAGAUGCUACGGGAAAAAGUUUCUUGAUGAGGAAGAUUUCCCUUACUAUGUUGUUGGAAAUCUAAACUUUGAAAAAUAUCCAGAAGCUGAAGAUCUUCCUGAUUACGUCUUAGAAGACAGAUAUACUGACGAGCACAACAGCAACACGGACCGCAUCAUCGUCAGUCUUGACCAGGACUGGUUUCAUGAAGUUUACGUGACUCAACACCUCGACCGAUCAAACAACUACGACCCAGACGCCACUCACCGGAUCUCCAGAGGCCUUCUCAUGAUCAUCAGGAGGAUGAGUUUAGAGGACUUUCUGAGGAAGAUGGAUUAUUAUACACACACACAACCUGUCAGACCCCAAACUAGAGAUUUCACAUCGGUCAGUGUGUCAUCCAGUGAUUCAUCAGACAGUGAGUCUAUAAUCCAGUUUAAUGACCACACGCCUGCACAAAACAGCUCAGAGAACCUACCCGGAUUGUGGGAAAGAUUCUGCACCAUUCUUUAAAACAGUUGUGCGUUCCAGUCAUUUGAUGGACUUCAUAUUUCUCUUUGCCAAGCCUAUGAAGAAACAAAUAUAUAGGAAACCGUAACAUUUUUAAUAGGUAAUUAGAUUUGGUCUAAUCAGAACAGUGUUUUCUGGUGAGCUUUAUCACUACUCUUUACCAAAGUAACACAACAUGUGUACAAAAGUAAUUGUACAGUAACCUUCAUACAGUAACCUGUCAUCAGCAUAUGAGACACAUGAUAAUAUUGCACAUGCUGCAUCAUUCAUUUGCUUAUUUACUCAUUUAUUCAAUUGCUUACUUUGUUGUAUUAUCACCUGAAAUGAAACAUCAUUUUCUUUCAUUUUGUAAGAAAAGAUUUGAGUUGAGUGAUAAAAAAAAAAACAUCACGUCACAUAAAUAUUUCAAAAGGUGAGUAUAUGGAUAUCACACAUGCAGUUUGCAAACUUUGCUCAAGAGUUACGCUGGCAUAGAUUCUCAAACUAUUUUUCUGGCCUUUUUAAGAGCUACACAAACAAGAUGAAGACUAUGAGCAGGCUAGUGCAAUGUCUGUGGUAACAUUAAAUCUUAAAAUAAAAUGAUUUACAGUUCAGAUGAUGCAGGUUUCACAAAAAAAGUAAAAAAUAAAUAAAUAAACAUAAAUUGUCAGCUUUUAUAAAAAAUUUUUGUAAGUGAAAGUGACGUGACAUUCAGCCAAGUAUGGUGACCCAUACUCAGAAUUUGUGCUCUGCAUUUAACCAUCCAAAGUGCACACACACAGAGCAGUGAACACACACACACACACUGUGAACACACACCCGGAGCAGUGGGCAGCCAUUUAUGCUGCGGCGCCCGGGGACCAGUUGGGGGUUCAAUGCCUUGCUUAACCCUCAAACCGUAUUCACUUUAUAGCCCUUAAUCCUGUAAUUGUGGACAAAUGUGGGCACAGAGGACUCAGGUGUGAUCCUAUUUUUUAUUUAUUAUAAAUGUCAUAUCACUGUCUUCAAUAAAGUUUUCUCUAUCCAUUUAUGGUUUUUUUUUUUUUAUUAUUUUUGAAUUUAUUUACCUCAAAAGUACCAUAUUUUCUAUGUAAAUUAUGCUUAUUUUUAUGUUUUAUGUUUUUAAAUUUUUUAACUACAUUAAAAUAUCAUUUCAAUAAGUUCUUAGAGCUAAAACCUAAAGAUGAAGUGACUUUGCUGUCACCUGGUGUCUCAUUUUGGUAUUAAAUUAACAAAAAACAAUAAUAUCAAUAGCCACUAGAUGGCUAUAGUACUUAAUGGCUGCAUAUAUAGGCUGAACUGUAUGAACCACUGUAUCACUGUUCAGAUCCUUGAUCCUCUGCUGACUCCAAACCACAGUUUGCCUGGUCUCCUUCUUCCCCACUGGAUUCCAGGAGAAUAUCCAGGGUUUCUGCUGCACUAAACCUCCUUCUCAUUGUGCUGCUUGCAGUGAACUGAGAAAAUAACUGCCACUGCAGGUUUAGGUAGCAUAUGCUACAUAAACGUUUUGUUUGGAAGUAACAACAAACUUUGCAGUAGUAGUUUGAUCUGACUCUGAAGGUGUCAGGUGCCAGGUGGAUGAUUGGAUCAUACCAAAAAACAUGGUCAGACAUUAGCCCAGCUCUGUUAUAGGCUCAUUAAAUGCAUUGUGUGUGUGUGUGUGUGUGUCUGUGUGUGUGUGUGUGUGUGUGUGUGUGUGUGUGUGAGUAUUUGUGAGAGAGAGAGAGAGAGGGUGAUGAGCCAGGUGGAUGAUUGGAUCAUACCAAAAAACAUGGUCAGACAUUAACCCAGCUCUGUCACAGGCUCAUUGAAUACAUUGUUUGUGUGUGUGUGUGUGUGUGUGUAUGAGUGUGAGUUUUUGCCAUGAUGAGAAUGUUGUACAGGAUCAGCUCUUCGUUUGAGUGUAUGUUAGAUAUGCAUUGUAUUGGAUCUAUUAAUUUAUUUUUACAAAAAAACAAGAAUGCUCUAAAUUACAGUUUUUCCCAUUCAUUUCUAUGGGUGCCCAUUUUUGACCCAAAUACAAGAUUAAGGAGUUUUUUUUUUUCACCCACUUAACAUUGUAGAAUUGAAUCAAAAAAAUGUGUGUGUGUUCAGGAGGCAAACUUAGGAAAAGUAACCAAGUCUUGUACCGCUCAGAUCAAGGGAAGUAUUUUUAAAAAAUAAAUCAAAAUUAUUUUGCCCACAUUUGUCCAGAAUGCGGUUUUAGGGUUAAGGGCACCUAAGUCGUGGUAUUGAGGGUGGAGAGAGAACUGUACAUGCACUCCCCCCACCCACAAUUCCUGCCGGCCCAGGACUCGAACUCACAACUUUUCGGUGGCAGUCCAACUCUCUAACCAUUAGGCCACGACUUCCUAGGAUGGAGGGAUAAGUCAAAUGUAUCAAUUAUAAUAUAAAUUUAAAACACAUAAAUAUAUCUUAGUGUCCUCAAAGCAAAAUCUCCAGUGUUAAUUUAACACUCUGAGUGUGGACUCAUAUAAACUCUGAAGCAGUGUUAAAAGUAACACUGAAGUUAAUGAGAUAAUUAAGAAGUUAAUUGAGUUAUGAUUGACCAUUACUGAAGACACCUGAUGUUAAUAAGCAGAAUCACCAACUGAGAAAAUCACAAUUUGUGUGUCACCAUUAUAGUGGUCAGUGUUUGCUUUAGUUGGGAUCUUGACCCUUCAGUUAUUCACUUUAGAUUUUAUGUGGUUGUGGUGACUUAAUUAUAUCAUACAGACAGACCACAGCAAAGGCAAUCAUGUGUGCUAUCGAUUGUGGUUUGAACUAAUUGUCAUGUAGUGAUCUGAAUGUGUGAGUUAAAUGUAUACAUAAAUUAAUUGGAAAAAAAGAUAGCAAUCCAGCAUUUUUUGCAUAAUAUGACAUGUUUUAAGAGUUCAUUCUACAUAAAGAAAAACAUUCUUUAGUUUAGACACACAGACAUCAAGAAUCAGAAUGAGCAUCCCAACAACGGUGACCAUCAAAAAAAGCAUGUUGUAGCCAAUAAAAACUCAUCCAUGGCUCCCAUCAUGCAUUGCGGCAUGAAUAAAUUAUGAUCUGAACUGUCUUUUUAACUUUUUAUUCGAAUUAUAUUUAAUUUUUGCUGUUUUUAUGUGAAGUUUUAGUAUCUAGUUUUGUUCAGAGUAGAUCUGUUUAUCUGAAUAUGCUGUUUGUCACCAUUGUUGAGAUUCAUACACUGAUUCUUGUUAUCUGUGUGUGCCUAAAAUAAAGACUCUUUAAUUUAAAAUAAAUAAAUAAUCAGAGUCACUUGCAAGAGAUGGCUACAAAAUGUAUAGAAAAGACUCUUUCAUUGUGGAAUCAAAGCUGUUACAAUCAAUAAUGGAAGUUUUAUUUAGAGAAAACACUGUCAAUUAGUUCAGUGAUUAAGGUCAAACAACAAUUACAUUAAAAAAUAAUGAUCACCAUCCAAUGACUUUUGCUCUUGGCUUGCCAAACAAAUUUUAAAAGUAAAAAGCCACAAGCCAAGAUCCCAACUAAAGCAAACACUGACCACUAUAAUGGUGACACACAAAUUGUGAUUUUCUUGGUUGGUGAUUCUGCUUGUUAACAUCAGGUGUCUUCAAUAAUGCUCAAUCAUAACUCAAUUAACUUCUUAAUUAUCUCAUUAACUUCAACUCUGCUUCAGUGUUACUUUUAACACUGCUUCAGUGUUUAUAUGAGUCCACACUCAGAGUGUUGAAUUAACACUGGAGAUUUUGCUGUGUAGUUGUUUGGAUUUUUAGAAGUCACUUUAGAUUCUCAUGGCUAAAAUAUUGGUACACAUUUACAGCUGUUUGUUUGCUGCUGCUGCGUGUAAAAUAUUGGUUGAUUUCCGCAGUGGUCUGAAUGAAAACAGCUGAUGAGCUUUUUGAAAAUGUAAUAUCAUUCUCUGACAGCAUGUGAACCACACUACACAAACAGUGCUGUGCUCAUAAACACUACUUUAUUAGCCAUUACAGCUAGGCAAAUAUUUUAAUGUUUUGUCACUGUGUAAAGGAAACACAACAAAAUGCUGUUGAACAACGAUACCUGAUGUUUUCAGAUAUGCAAAUCCAGUCCUGGCCUACAAAACCUGUACCAUUAUGAGACUGAAAUCUGGGUUGGUUAUACAUGUUGGUUACAUGUUGUGUGUUUUAUUUGAAUAAUAGGUGAAUAAUUCUUACAGCUUGGGACAGAAUUUUAUUUUGACAAAAAAACGAGCAUGGCUUAAAGUGCUUCACUUAAAAUACUGUAUGUUAAAUAAUAAAAUAAUGUGUUUAAAUAA